AUGAAUGGUGGUGGGUCUUCAUCAAAAGCACAAUUGAACAAAAAAACAUUCAUUCAGUCCAAACUCUGUUUUCCUGAGACUACACAGUCUACUACAAAUAAAGAAAAAGGAAAAUAUGUAAGCUGUUCAGUUGUAUCUGAAAAAAGAAAAGAUUCAAACUCAGAUAUUACUCACGAAAUA